CUGGACUAGAAUAGCUCUUAGUGCAACACACAAGUCUAAACUUUGUGUAUUAUUGUUCUUCUCGCGCCAGGUUUCGAGAGCACGAGAGAACCCCACACUCCUCACGAUUUUACUUUAAAAAAGUAGUACUGAUAUGCUUCGCUGAGUUCUUUGAUAAUCUCAUUUUCAUGGAAAGUAUGGCAUCUGGCGGUAGAUCAGAAACUGCCGGGGAAGAGGAGGGGCAGAUUCCUCUCGACAUUGAUAACGUUCAUCUGCUUCUACAAGUUGAACAGGAGCAAAUCCAGAAGAGGACCUUUACCAACUGGAUAAAUGCACAGCUAGUAAAGCACAGACCCCCCACAGUUGUUCUGGACUUGUUCACAGAUGUCAGGGAUGGAAACAGGCUUCUGGAUUUACUGGAGGUGAUAUCUGGACAGCCAAUGAGUCGUGAGAGGGGGAGAAGCAUUUUCCAGUGCAGAGCCAAUAUUGAAACCGCCUUGACAUUUCUGAGGAGGAAAUCAAUAAAACUUGUCAACAUUAACAUUCCUGACAUAAUUGAAGGCAAACCAUCUAUUGUUCUUGGCCUGAUAUGGACAAUCAUUUUGCAUUUUCAUAUCGAAGAGCUUGCCAACUCUCUGGCAUUCAGUUCCAGGCAGUCCUCCAUGGAGUCUUUGGCCAGUAUAGAUUCCUGUUCUACCAUUGACAGCUCGUCAUCAAGAAGGAGUGGCACCCUACACACCAAGUUCAAGCUGUCUGCAAAGAAGGCUCUCCUCCUAUGGGCUAGGGAGCAAUGUCAGAAGGCCGGUGCUAACAUCAGCAUUAAAGACUUUAAGUCCAGCUGGAGAAGUGGCUUAGCGUUUCUGGCCAUCCUUAAUUCUCUGAGGCCAAAUUUGGUGGACCUGCAGAAAACAAAGAGCAGAACAAACCGAGAAAACCUGGAAGAGGCGUUCCGAACUGCAGAGCAUGAGCUAAAGAUACCAAGACUUCUGGAACCAGAAGAUGUGGACAUCAAUGACCCUGAUGAUAAAUCCAUCAUGACUUAUGUGGCACAGUUCCUGCAGUAUUCUAAAGAUUUGCCCGUGUCCGAAGAAGAAAUGCAGGCACACCUGCUUCUGCCUCCAUCUUUCAUGUAUUCUCACGUAAAGACUGAAAUUUCCCCAUUUCCACCAGCAAGGGGAAAUCUAAACCAGAAAGUCAAAGGAGUCACGUCCUGGCUUACACAAGCAGAGCAGGAGCUGGAGGGGUCCAUUGGAGAAGCAGAUAAGGAAAGCUAUGAAGAGAAAUUCCAUGCAUUUCAAACUUUUAUUACAACAUUUAAUGAGCAGAAAAGACCCAUUAUGCCUUUGCUGACAGCCAUGAGGAAAACCACACAACUGACUGAGGAUCAGGUUCGAUUGAAAGAAGCUUGGAAUAAAGUCACGUCUAAGAUCAGGGAAUAUAAAGUUGCUCUGGACCUUGAUUUGCCUUUCCCCCUGGAUGGUGUGGGAGUCUGGCUUCAGAAGAUAGAACCUGUCCUGGGGGAGGAGAUAGCCGAGUCCCAGGACCAUGAAGAGGUUGCAGGCCGAAUCCGGGACACACUUCAUCUGCUAAAGUCUUUGAUGGAAGAAAUGGAUGUUCACUGGCAAACCCUUCAGAAAUUCCCAAAUAAAGAUGGAAAUGGAGCCACUCGAGUACCACAAGAGAAAAUGGACGAAUUGAAAAGAAGGUUUACUAGUGCGAGGGUCACAGCCAAGUACCAUGGGAUUAAACUGGAAUACCAGGAAUCAAAGCACUCUGUGCAGGCUUUGAUAUGUGCAGUGAACAGCAAAUUAAAUACGUGGAAAAAAAAAUAUGGGACUAAGGAAUCUGUAAAGCUGCUUCAACUGGACUGGCAUGAUUUUGUAGAGAAGCAGAGCUUUGUUACCUGCCUGGAGGCUGCCACUGAAAAGCUGAAGUUAAUUGCCAGCAAUUACACAAGCAGGACUGCUUUAGCUGCUGACUCUCAGUAUAUCAACAAGUUCCUGAAGCAAGUGGACUGCGACUCCUCUGUUUCUCUGGCGUCCAUCAGGAAUGUGAAAGCCAUUUUAGCUCGAGUUGUUUCUGGCUGGGACACCUACACAGAGAACUAUAAUUUGCUUCAGCAGUGGCUAAAGGAUGCACAGGCCCAAACACAAAUACACACAGCAGAGGUCAUGUCAGACUGGAGCACAAGACACGGUCGCUUGAAUGAAGCUGGUAACUUUUUAAUAGAGGUCACCAAUGAGCAAACCAGUUCUCAACUCUCUGAAGAAAUGAAGAAACUAAACAGACAGUGGGCCGACUUCAUAAAGAGAACUACAUUUGAGAUCAUUCCCCAACCCUGUGAAAGCCCAAGGAAGACUGAUAAUACCGCAGCCAUCAAUAUCAUGAUAGACGAAGCAACACAGAUCCUGCAUGAGCGCGUCGAUAUAUCAGCAAGCUCUCUCAGGACCUAUAUCAAGAGGCUAGAGGACUUGAAAAGAAAAAUAGAGGAGGUGGAUUUGGAUUUCAUCCUUCAGUCCCCAGAAAAAUCACCUGUAGAGUUUCCACCUGUGAAGAAUGUAAAAGACACUCUUUCAGAGAUUGCAGAUAAGUGUUCCGGAGUUCAACAAGACUGCCAGCUCUUACUCAGCCAUGUGGUCACCCUGGAGAGCAGCUUAGCUUUACUGGAACUGUGGGAAUCGGAAGCAGGAGACAUUUUCAAUAGUCUGAACACGAAGCAAAAGGGACAAGAAAUCGACAAGAAAUCUUUACAACUCUUAAUCACCAGAGGCAAGGAGUUGGAGAGACAAGUUGCAACAGCCCAGGAGAUUGUGCUCAUUGUAGCAGAAAACAUUGCAAAGAACAGGUCCCUUCAUCACCUCCAAGCGUCUGGCCUACAGUCAAGAGUGAACGCAGUGAAAGACACUCGCCAGGUGACAAUGACAAAUUUAAACUCUGCCAUGCAAACAAAGGAAGCAAGCUCCUCCUCGGAAGCUGACAUCAAGCUAAGGUUUGAAAGUUCAAAACAGAAACUCCAGGCCUACAUCACGGAUGCUCUGGCACUUCUCAGUGAGAAGCACACCUCUGAAGAAAGAGUGGCAAAACACGAGGAAACCCUAACAAGAUCUGAAACAAACAUCCUGGAAGAGUUUCUGGAAGCAACUGAGCAAAUAAAACAAAUCACUCCCUCAAAUCAACAGCAAGAAGUAGAAAAAAUAAGCAAAUAUCUUCGGGAACAGUGGGAGGCUAUUCACGUAGAAAUCCCACUCUAUUUACAUCUGAUUAAAUUUGAGGUUGAAAAAGGAAAAUGUAAUGGAGCUGUUUCACAGUGCGAGAUGCAAAUUAACAAAGAAAUCAAGCUUAUUAAUUCAGCCUGCAUAGCCGGUCUUAUUAAAGAACACCAGGCUUGCUUUUCCCCUGAGGGCAGUCUGGGUCAGGCCGAUGAUCAUUUACAGGCUAUGAAGGGGAUCUGUGAAAAACUGACCGCUGACAGCAGCUACAGUCUCACCAAAACCCAGCUUACUGAAUGUGAGCAGAGAAAAGAAGAAAUCGAACAGAGAGCAAGACAUGUAUAUGAGAAUCUACUAACUCGUCACAAUGAACAACAGUCUUCUGAAAAGAGGCAAUCUUCAGGACAUGCUGAACUCAAGGUAGCUGAUGUUGACAGCCCUGUAGAAGCUGUUUCUUCAGUUUCAUCUAAAGUGCUGCUUACCACUACUCAGGUAACGGUGAGGGUUGCAAAUAUCCCAGUGGUGCAACAAGCUGUAAAACUGAAUGUUGAGGAAACUGUACCGGCCGUUCAAGACAAACAGGACUUGACUGAGACUGAGGUUUUGAAGAGCUAUAGAGAGUCAAAGAGUGUCUUCGAGGUGCAACUGAAGAAGAACAGAGAACUCAUUCUCUCUGAAUUUCCUGAAGAUAUGGUGGAUACGUCAGUCCUGCGCAUCAAGUGUCAAGAAUUACAGGAGGCGCAAGAGGAGACUGAAACUUUUUGGUUUGAGUUUGAAAUUCAGUCUUCACAGCUUAAAGGAAACAUGAGGGAACCUGAAACCAGGAAAAGAAUAAACCACGAGUGGAGAGAACUCAAGCCAAGCCUCCAAGCCAGAUUGAAGUCCAUGGAAACUACAGUGGGAAUCCUCGUUCCUGUGGAGAUUCAAGUUACUCAACUUUCUGAUUUACUAGACCAGUACCAAAAGAAGCCCAAGACUUUGAAGCGGUUUACAGUGACUGGUGCUGACUCAGUUCAAAAGGAUAUAAAGGAACUUCAAGAACGUAUCCAGCGCCACAUAGUAAACAGCAGUGUCUUAGAGAAACCAGGGAGCCCCUCUGUUGCAGGAUUAGACUCCAGAGACCAACUGGCAAUCCAUAAAAUUGUUCUUGUCUGCAAAAAGAAAUUACAAAAGAUGAUCUACAGCAUACAUGACAGCGAGGUGGUCAUGAAAACCAUGGAAGCCUUUUUAGCGUCACUGAGAACAGCUGAAAAUGAUAUUGAUCGUUUACCAGCUGCUCCAUCUGCGGAUGUGGUUGCCUUGUGUAAAAGCAAAGUAAAGUUAGAAGUGAUCCAGAAAGAUAUAAACUCCAUGAGGGACAAAGCCGUCCACAUAGAUGAGCUGCUGAACAAGGCUGAGAUCCGCCUGCAGGAAGCUGAAUCCAGUAAAGGAAUGACCUGUCAACAAAUGAUUGCAGUACUUUCCCAGAAACUAGAGGACACAAAAGAGUUUAUAAUGAAACACGAACAAAAUCUUCAACAAGAAGAAGUGGUCCGGCCAAUCCUUGUUAGAAAGGAGGAUCUGAUAAAAAAUCUACGGGAGGUACAACAGAAAACCGACAGCGAGGGACUGAAGGAACCGACAUUACCUGCACUUCAGCAAAGGUUGAGGUCCUUAAAAGAACUAAGGAACAAUCUGGGUUCCUUUGAAGGAGAACUGCUAAAACUCAGAGAAACAGCCAAUCAGCUUGUACUGAUGUCAAGUGAGGAAAAAGCCAAGCAUCUUGUGGACUUGGAGACCCUGUGGGAGGAAACAGAGAGAUCAGUAACUGACAGAUUGAAAUCCAUGGAAACUGCUGUUGGAUUCCUUGUCCCAUUGGAUAAUGAAGUCGCUCAGCUUUCUGAUUCACUAGACCAGUUCAAAAAGAGGCCCAAGACUUUGAAGCGGUUUACAAUGCCUGGUGCUGCCUCUGUGCAAAAGGAUUUAAAGGAACUUCAGAGACGCAUACAGCGCAACAUCAGAAACAGCAGUGCGUUUGAGAAACUAGAGAGCCUGGCUGCUGCGGGAUUGGACCCCAGAGAUCAACAAGCUAUCCAAAGCAUUGUGCUUGUCUGUAAAAAUAAACUGGAAGAGAUGGACCACAGCAUGCAUGACAGUGAGGUGGCCAUGAAAACCCUGGAAGCCUUUUUAGUGUCACUGAGAAUGGCUGAAAAUGAUAUUGAUCGUUUACAAGCUGCUCCAUCUUCUGAUGUGGUUUCUAUACGCAAAAGCAAAGUAGAGUUAGAAGCGAUCCAGCAAGAUAUAAACUCCAUGAGAGACAAAGCCGUCCACAUAGAUGAGCUGCUGAACAAGGCUGAGAUCCGUCUGCAGGAGGCUGAAUCCAGUAAAGGAAUGACCUGCCAGCAAAUGAUUGCAGUACUUUCCCAGAAACUAGAGGACACAAAAGAGUUUAUAAUGAAACACGAACAAAAUCUUCAACAAGAAGUUCUCCGGUCAAUCCUUGUGAAAAAGAAUGCCCUGAUGACACGUCUACAGGAGGUUCAAGAGAAAGCAGACGGUGUGGGACUGAUGGAACCAACAUUGCCUGCACUUCACAAAAGGUUGAGGAUCUUAGAAGAACUAGAGAACCAGAUGCGCUCCUGUGAAGGAGACCUGCAAAGACUAAGAGAAAGAGCCAAUCAGAUCCCUCCGACAUCACGUGAGGAGGAAACUAUGAGCCUUGUGGACCUGGAUACCCUGUGGGAGGAAACAGAACGAACAGUAACCGAAGGGCAAGAACAAUGCAGUGUGUUGAUGGGACUGCUGAAGAAAUUUCAAGGCUACCGAAGUGAUCUAUCCAACACUUUGCAGAGAGCAGAAACCACCAUUUCAGAGCAGGCUUCUUACAUGGGAAAGGACAACUUGCACCGACUCAUAGAGAAGGUCGGCACAAUGAAGGAGGAGCUGAGUGGCUCUUCUGACCACAUUGAUGAAAUCCGAACCGUCUGCAGACAGCUGCAGUCACAGCUGAAGAAAAUCCAGAGCUGUGAAGACACUGCAUUUGAGAGCGAGGCAGACUCUCUCGUCGACCGGUGGUUAGAUGUGACUGAGAAGACUGACAUCUAUCUGGAUAAUAUAAAAUGUGGUCUGACACUGUGGGAGAAGCUCAUUAGUUUAGCCGGUGACAUUGAAGAAUGGACAACGAUCAAGCUGGGGGCAUUUUCAGAGCAUCAUCGCUUCAGAAACCAACAGGAGAUCACAGAUUUGGAGGAUGAAAUACAGGCUCAGGAGAGGAAUAUUGAGCGUUUUAACUGUAGAGCUGCUGAGAUACAAGAGCUUCUGCAAAGCAAAGACUCUCCUUUGGAGCUACAGGUCAUCGAAACCCAGCUGAAGAAGAGGAUGGAGCAGGUUAAAGAACUCUAUGAAGACAGCAGUGAAGUGUUUCAAGAGUUCACUGCUGUCAAGAAGCACAUUGCAGACAGACUCAUCCAGUCCCAUUGCUGUCUACAGGCUAUCCAAGAGUCUGUACACAGCCUUGCUGUUUCUGACCAUCCAAACAUUUUUGAUCGAUUAAAGCACAUCAACAAGGACCUCCUGAAUCAGACAGAACAGGUGGAUUCUCUUCUGGUAGAGAUUAACGUCCUGGCCAGCGUGGCCAAUCCACAAGACCUGGAAGAAUUGAACAGGAAUGGAGCAAAACUAACAGAAAACCUUCAAAGUGUCCAAGAGUUGCUCCUUGAAAAGGUCCACUCCACUGAGGACCACUUCAUCCACCAGCUAAGUGAUGAGGUUAAAGUGAAUGAAGACUGGCUUCAGGAUAUUCAGCUGUCAGUGAAUGAAUGUUUUGAAUAUCCUGAGCAAAGGCAGGAUGUUGAAGCUUCUCUCCAUAAACUAAAUGAUUUCCUGAUGUCCGAAGAUGGAGAGAAGAAAAUCCAUAACAUUAAAAAGCGCUUCAGUGAAAUAAGAACCCAUCUGCCUGUGAAACAUGUGAACCAGAUCAGUGGCUGGCUGGAGGACCAGGAGGCAGAGCUCAAGACAUUUACAUCACACUGCCAGCAGAAACACAGGGAUCUCCAGGACUGCCUAGAAUCACUCAAUAAGCUGCAAGAAGAGUACACGCUUCUUGAUCGGUGGUUGCAGAGCAAGGUACAGAAAUCCCUUCCGGCUGAAGGACUGGAGCAGUUCUAUCAGGAAAUUGUAAAAGAAAGGGAAAAGUUUGAUGGCCUAAUUAGCAUAGUUGAUUCCUUAAGGAAGCAAGGGCUCACCUAUGACCAAGCUGUCAAAGAAUCUUCAAAACUGAUCGAAAGGUAUCAGAAUCUGCUGGUGCAAGUCGCCGCGGAAACAGAAGCACAAGAGGCUCUUUCCAAAGAUCUGGAGGCUUUUGAUUCUCUCAGAGACGGCAUACUCGCUUGGAUAAUGGAUUUAAAAGAAAGCAUUGACACUGUGCGAUCAACAGAGGGCAGCAAAAGCAUGAUCAAAGAAAGAAUACAGCGCACAGAGGAAAUCCUUCAGCGUAAACCUGAAGGGGAUUUGAAAAUACAACUCUUGAACGAUGCAGGCACUAAACUGGCAGAAAAGAUGCGCCUUGACAAUAGGAGAAGGCCUGAGACCAAGCAGACAAUAGUUGAGAUCACAGGACAGUGGAAUAGUGCUUUACAAUCUGCAGAAGAGCAUUACAGCCACUUAAAGGAAAUUCUAGGUCGAUGGAACAGUUACUUGGAAGCCAAAGAAAAAGUUCAGUUAAAAAUAAGUGAAAUCUCGCAACAGAAAUUAGACCUUUCUGUGGAGUUCGUGUGGCCGGACCUGACAGGGAAAUAUGAAUCACUGGAGAAGUGCAGGAUGUUGCUACAAGAAGCCCACAGCAUAUUAACAGCAUUUGAUAUGCUAAAAGUGCAAAAGGAUGCCCUUUUUCACCUUACUCAUGAUGUGAAUUUUAAUGAAGCAUCUUGGGUUGAAAUGUUAAACCCUAAUUACUGUCUCCUGAAGGAUUUAAAGGGUUUGGUUCAUACAUUGGAAGAUAGCAUUGAGAGGCACCAUCACUAUCAGAAGUUACUCAAGGAGUUCCAUACCACUCAAGACUCAUUUAGCGAAGAAAUCCCAUCUCUCAGAGCUACUCCUAAAGAAAGACCAGCAUUGGAAAAGACCCUUAAUAGAUUAAAGGGUAUGCUGAAUCCCAUCUCCCGUCAAGAAGAAGUAAUAAGAGACGUAACAGCUCUGGGUGAUUCCCUGAAGAAAAAUACCACUCGGUCCGGGCAGACAGCGAUCACACAGGAGAUUCAGAGCCUUCAGAGCCAGCACCAAGACACGAGAAGGGCAAUAGUGCAGAUGGAGGAGCACUGUGAAGGUUUGCUGAAUGAAAUCCUCCUGUCCGAGAAGGAGUUUACCAGAAGAGUACAACGAAUGAAGCAAGAUGCUGGUGAACUAGAGGAGGAGUUGAGUGUGCUUUCCCAAACACUGAGCCCGAUACAGGAAAACUCCAGCUUGGAUGAUCUAGCAGAACACUGGCGGGUGAACAUGGGCACAAAGAACACUUUGGAUCGCCUUGAAAGCAGAGUGGAAAAUCUUAAAGCUGACCAACAGUUUUGCACAUCUCAGCAAAUGCUUCCAGAAGCAACUGUGGCUGCCGCUGAAGUAAUCCAAAAGUAUUACAGCUUAUUGUCGCAAACCUCAGACGGAUUGCACAGUAGUAAAGUGACCCUAGAAAAUCGUUUCUUCAAGCCUUUACAAGCUUUACAGCAGUGGACACUUACAGUCAAGUCAGCAUUGUGUGUUCAGACCCACCUGUCUCCAGACUCUGCCCUUGCCACAAGUACCAUUCAGGAUCUUCUCAACCACCGUGAAAUGCUAAAGAAAGAACUGAAGGAUGUUCUGCCAUAUCAAGAGCUCCUGAUGGAUGCUGUAGGACAGGAGCAGAGUGAGAAGCUGGCAACAGAAAUAUCAAACACAUUACAAGAGGAGAAUCAAUAUACCAGCACCCUCUGUCAAGAACUACAGGCUCUUGAGGAUAAAAAGAGACACGAAGAGGAAAGCAGAUAUCAGCUGUCUGAUGCAUUAGCUAGAGAAACUGGAAUUGAAAAGGAAACACCUCAGCCUGAACUCCCAGAGGAACAUCAACAGAUUCAAACACCUCCGACAGAAAAUAAAAGGUUUGAAACAACAAAAACACAGGACACGGCACUACACGCCAAAAUAAAGAGACAAACAAAACGACUAAACACUAAACAGACGGUGCAGGACAGACGAACAAACACGACAAUUCAGGAUCAAAAGAAACACGAAGAAAAAGGCAACUAUCAACUGAUUGACUGUCCAGAUGAAGAAGUUGGAGCAGAAGUGGAACAAACCCUUCAACCAGACCUCCUGGAGCAACAGAUUCAGAGAUCUGAGACCCAUCAGGAUAUUCUGGUUCUGCCUGGUGAAGGUCAAAAGGAGCUAAUAGAGGUGAGGUCAGUCGAGCAGCUACAGAUAGACACCGGGGGGCAGGAGAAGAUGAUGGAGCUGGAAAUGUCUUCCUUCAUUGCCAGCCCUGGGACCUUUGGGGAAACAAAAAGGUAUGAAGAUAAAAAGGCUGCUGGUUCUGCUACAGUAACUGGACUUGACCAGGAAGAAACACCACUGCCGGACCUCCCGGUGGAACAGCAACUGAUUCAAACACGUCAGGCUCCUCAUGAUCAUAAUAAACUUGGAGAAGCGGCUAAUCGUCAUCAGACUGAAAGCUCAACAACUGGAACUGGACAACAGAAGGAGCCAACAUCUCAACCUGGUCUUCCAGAAAAACAGAGUCAUAGAGCUGAGACGCAUCAGUUUUUCCACUUUGUUAGUCAUCGUGAGAUGCCAGAUGGGCUCAGUGAACAUAAGUCUCAACUUGAUCAGUUAUGUAGCUGUGAAUAUUUCGAAAAAGAAAAGCUGAGCGAACUACAGUCUCUGCUUGCUGAUGCAGAGAAGAAAAUGAAAAAGUUGAAUUCAAGUGUUCAGGAAUAUGAGCAGUAUCAGACUGUUUUGCAAAACAUUAAGCAUCUCAAAGAACGUGCAGAGAAAGAAAUCCUGCACAUUAAAGAAGCGCCUGGUUUUAAAAUCGACAAACUUAAAAGAUGUCAGGUUCUUCUCCUUGAUCUCCAGCAAUGGAUGUUGUUAUGUCAACAGUCUGGUGACACUUUAAACAAGAUCUCCCCAACUUUGGAUCCAACAUUGUUGGACUCUGAGGAACAGAGAAUCCAAUAUUUAGUAGAGGAGUGUAACAAGUGGAACCAGGCUCUCCAGAAGGAGUCUCUUGACCUUGAGAAACAACUUUUAGAGGAACAAGACUUCCAAACAGUACAGGAAAGCACUUUGGACUUCUUAAGGGAAGCAAGGCAUGAGCUUGCAUCUUCAUGCAUGAGCUUGGAUCAAGAAGUAAUUGAAAGGAAACUUCAAGAGUGCAAAGCCCUUCAAAACUACAUGCAAGUACGCAUGCGUAUCCUCAAGUCUCUAGAGCACAAAGAACUUGACUCUCUGAAGAAGGCAGCCUCAGAUUCACCUGGUACCAUGGAGAAGAAGUGUAAUGAAAUGGAAGACAUGGAGAGACAGGUUAAGGAUGACUGUGCCUCACGUAUGGAUAUUUUGAUUAAAGCGAAGGAAGCAGCCAGAGAGUAUGAUGAAGCCGUUAGAAGUGCUGCUGAUUUCCUCUGCCAGUCUGAAGCCAGCCUCCUGCCCAGACCAAUCAACGUGAGCUUCUGUGAACUGCAGCUGCAGCAACACCAGGAAAACCUGAGCAAGUGUCACGCUGGAUUCGAAUCCAAAAUCUCUGACAUGCAGCAAAUUCUCCCCCGACUGGAAAGCAUAUCUCACACUUUUUUGCCUCAACACGCAAAUAUAUUAAGUGAAUUGCUUGUAAGGAACGCAGUAUUGAGAGGGCAAGCUGAAAUCAAGCUAGAAAGAAUGCAAAGGUGUGUUGAAAAGUACAAAAACUACAAAGAAUACAAGCAGGAGAUCUCCACUAAUUUCAAUAACUUGGAAAGGAUGUUUGCAACAUCUAUAUCUCAAAAAGCAACUUCUUACAAGGAAUCUGUAGAGCAGCUAGAAAAACUUAAGAUCUUGGUUGCAAAACUGGAUUCGAUGGAAGAUCUUGUAAAACUCAGAGCGAUAGCUUCAGAACUUCAGUGUGAAGAAUGGGACAGCUCCAGUAUCAAGCAAGAGGUCUCUGCUCUGUGGUAUGCAUGGCUCCAGCUUCAGCAGCCUGCAAAGGAGCAUCAAGUCAGCUGUGAAAAUCUCUACAAAGAAUGGAAGGCAGUCAAUGAAAACAUUAAAAGAGCUGCUAUCAUUCUGGACAAUCUACAGGAUGACCUGCCUGAAUGCUCCAAGGAGAAGGCAGCCAAAGAGGUCCUCCUUGACUUGCAGAAACAUGUGAAUCAGUAUGAAGACAGUGUUAACAAUGAGCAGUCCUCUUUGGUCUUCCUGGUGCACAAAGUGAAGGGUCUUCUUGGAGUCACGGAAAACGUUGAGGUGCCAUCCAUUCCCAUUUGUCAGGAGUUACAGGCAAUGCAAGAUCGUUAUAAAAAGUUGAAGCAGAAAGCUAUGGAGAGCCGCAGGUCAGUACACACAGAGAUCCAGGAGCGUGAGAAGGUGAAAGAUGAGAUCAGAGGGGUAAAGGAAUGGCUACUGCCUGUUGUGUCACUGCUGUCUGUCGUGGACCACACACCCAAUAUAACAGAAUUGGAGGAGGUUCAGACAGAGCUUGACGCCCAGAGGGCAGUUGUUAAAAACAUCAUGGCCAAGCUGAAAAUCAAGUACUCGAACAUGGACGCCAUCGUCCCUGCAGAGAUAGAGGCGCAGCUCCAGGAGGUGAGCAGGACUCUCCAGGAGGUGGGAGAACAGGUAGAAAAAGCUGUUGUGCAGAACAGGCAUCACCAUUUACUGCAUAACAAAAUUGAAGAUAUUACCAAUGGACUUCAAAACGUGGACAAAAUGUUGCAGCAAAAAAACCAAACAAUAAAUCAAGCCAAGGAAAUGCAAAAGCGGGUCUGGGAUGAGGUUGAUCGGUGGCAUUCCAGACUGACCUCGCUGGAGGCAGAGGUGCAGGACCUUGCUGAGCAGAACCCCAACCAGGCCCAGCAAAUGAUGGACAGUCUGAUGGAGCCACUGCAGCUCUAUCAGAGAGCAGCACAACAGGCAGAACAGAGGACUGCUUUCCUUAGCAAGAUCACUAAUUGUCUACAAGAAUACAAUGAAAUGAUCAACAGCUCGAAUGUAUGGAUUGACGAUACUCAGGCCUGGUUAUCAAUGGAAUUCGUAUUUGAUUCUGCAAAAUCUCUGCACAAAAAUGUCAAAGCUUUACAAAUUGCAAGGGAUGAUGGGCUGCAGAGACAGAAGACUCUGCAGGGGUUUGCCCCUAUCCUUCAGGAGAUCUCCUUGAUUUGUGACACAAUGGCUUUGGAGCAACAGGGAAGCCAUGUGGACCAGAAAAUAACAGCAUUGCUGGACGGAAUCAUGGGACCUCUUUCACAGUUACAGCAUGUGGCUACAGAACUGGAAGCCAUGGAGACUGAGGUUAAACUGAUGGAGAAAAAUGUUGCAAAAAUAAGGACCAUUUUGUCUUCCGAUGACAUGGAUGAGAUCUCUCCAGAAGAACAUCUCAGAAACCGAGAGGUUAUCCUGGAAAACAUUCAGUCCAUGAAGAAGACCAUAGCUGAGAUAAAGAACUAUGAACCCAGAGAGGCGAUCGCUUCCUUAGUGGUUUACAAAAGAGCAGAACAACUGUUGCCAGCAAUGGAGGAACUUGAGCAUACGACUGUCCAGCAAAAAGCAGUGCUUCAGUCUGCGAUUGAGCAGUUGAUAGGACAGAGACAGGACAUGGAAAUCGUGGUCCAGGAGGAAUAUCCAGAUGAAAUGUCCACAAGUCCUGCCGAAUACACUCAACCGCCAACUGGAUUUAGGAUUCCCCAGAUACCAGCGGAAGGAUAUUCUAUAGACAGAUUGUACUAUGAGGGACCAGACACAGGGUCUGAAGAUGGAGGCAGUACCAAGUCAUCAUCUUCUGAAACUCUGACUGGCAGCAUUCUGGAGGAACAUGAGGAAACUUUUACUGUUGAAGAUGCAACUGCUGUGGACACAGUGCAAAUGAGACCAGACAAUAAUGACAUGUGUGAGACCCAAGCUAUUCCUCAAGAAAUGACAUGUGGUGUUGUCAGUUUUGAACCUGAAGAACAUCAUACUCCAGAAGAUCUGAAUACUGAGAAUACAUCUUCAGUUCAACUGGAAGCAGAAGACAAUGAAACCAGCAGCAUGCAGCCUGUCCCUCAUGAAGAGGAACAUGAGGAAACUUUUACUGUUGAAGAUGCAACUGCUGUGGACACAGUGCAAAUGAGACCAGACAAUAAUGAAAUGUGUGAGACCCAAGCUAUUCCUCAAGAAACGACAUGCGGUGUUGUCAGUUUUGAACCUGAAGAACAUCAUACUCCAGAAAAUGUAAAUAUUGAGAAAACAUGUUUAGUUCAACUGGAAGCAGAAGACAAUGAAACCAGCAGCAUGCAGCCUGUCCCUCAUGAAGAGGAACAUGGGGAAACUUUUACUGUUGAAGAUACAACUGUUGUGGACACAGUGCAAAUGAGACCAGACAAUAAUGACAUGUGUGAAAUGCAAGCUAUUCCUCAAGAAAUGACAUGCGGUGUUGUCAGUUUUGAACCUGAAGAACAUCGUACUCCAGAAAAUGUAAAUACUGAGAAUACAUCUUCAGUUCAACUGGAAGCAGAAGACAAUGAAACCAGCAGCAUGCAGCCUGUCCCUCAUGAAGAGGAACAUGAGGAAACUUUUACUGUUGAAGAUUCAACUGCUGUGGACACAGUGGAAUUGAGACCAGACAAUAAUGACAUGUGUGAGACACAAGCUAUUCCUCAAGAAAUGGCAUGCAGUGUUGUCAGUUUUGCAGGACCAGGUGAGCUGCAGCAGUUGCCAGGCAGACCUGAGCCUCACAGCAUACUCCAUGUCUGCCGGGAGUGGGCAGCCCAGCUCGAGUUUUGGCUGGAGAAAGCCACAGCGACCUUCAGGGCUGACCGGCAGGACAUGGAAAUGCAGCAGAGUGUGGCGCAGCAGCUUCUCAUGUGUCAGAGCAUGUUCCUGGAGAUCGAGCAGAAGGUAGCCUUCCUGUCAGACCUGGCCCAGCAGGAAGAGGCCUGGUGUCAGGAGGGCACGGCCAGCACACACCAGGAGGCAGAGGCUCUCUCCUCCAAGCUCGAGGGCCUCAAGUCCAGCCUGGUGAAGUUUCAGAUGCUGCUGCAGGAACGCCACAACGAGGAGCAGGAUGGCAAGCAUCCCAGUGAGACCCCCCUACAGCGCAGUGCAAGUGUGCAAGAGAUGCUGGCCUCAGCGAAGACCAAACUGAACCGUCAGGACAGCCUGCAACAGCAAAAGGAGCUGGAAAUGGAGCUGAGUGAACAGAAAGACCUAACAAAGUACUUAGCCCUGCACGGAGAGAGGAUGCUGCUGCAGAAGGAGGGCGCUGACGCACAGCAACAGGCUAGUUUAAGGACCUCCGAUGAAGUUUCAAAGUCUCCCGAGGGGAUAUUCAUGAAACCGUUAACAGGAAUUGAAGCAUCAGCCCAUGAGUCUGAGGACCAAGCCAGCACAAAGUGGCAGCGCCUCCAGAAUAGGUUAUCCUCCAAACUGAAGACAUUGGAAGAAACUGCUCAUCAAGACUUGUUUUCUCAGGAUGUACUGGACAACACGUGGAGCACCCUGAGAGUCGCACGAGAGGAACUCAAAGAGAGCCUUACCACUGAGAUUCAGUACGAGAGCCUGUUACAGGGCCUGUCCAGCUUAGUGGACGCUGGUCACGAGAAACUCGCCCGCAACCAGCACCUUGUCCUGCCAAGCCGUACUGUGCUGAAGAGCCACCUGAAGAAACAUAAGAAUUACUUCCAUAACCUUGGAAACCACCUGGCUGCUGUGGAGAGGUUCUCUCAGAAAGUACCAGUAGCUUUGGCAAGGAAGCAUGACAAGUUUUGGUUGGAUCUGGUGGAAGAAAUACGUUCUCUCCAGCAGCAAGCUCUUCAUCAUGGAAUACGGAUCCAGAGCAUGUUACAAGCCUGGACCCACUUUGACAAAAGUUCUACAGUGCUUUUAAAAGAGCUGCAGGAACUGGAAGCCAGGAUACCUACCAUAGGACUGGUGGAGGAAUCCGAAGAGAGAUUACUAGAACGACUAGCAAUCUAUCAGCAAAUUAAAGGUAGUCUGGAUGAAAAUUGCUCAAGACUCUCCCAGACACUGACAAAUGGGAAGAAGCUGUUGACGACAGUGAGCUGCACAGAACUGGAGUCCGGUCUGCGUCAGCUGGAGGAGAAGUGGCUGACUGUAAUGAAUAGAGUCGACUACGACCGUCACUGCUUAGAGACGCUAACGAAAUACUGGACAAGCUUUAGGAAGGGCUCCAUUGAGCUGAGCGUGUGGAUGAUGUCUGCAAUGGACAGACUGAGGAGCUUGAAACAGCAGUCCCUCAGUGUGCCUCAAGAUCUGGAGAAAGUUCGAGACCACCUCGGACAAUUCCUGGAGUUCAUGAAGGAAGUGGAUGCCAAGUCGUCUGUGAAGUCAUCGCUGAUCAGCACAGGGAACCAGCUGCUCCAGGUGAAGCAGACCGACACUGCCUCGCUGCAGAACCAGCUGGCUCAGUUUGAGCAGGGAUGGAUGGAGGUUCUCACUCCCCUGCCAGGGAUCCAGGAGAAACUGCACCAGCUCCAGAUGGAAAAAGUGCCGUCUCAUCAGGCGAUCACAGAGCUGAAAACCUGGAUGAGCAAAAUUCAUGGGCUCCUGCGAGAAGAUGAGGAAAAGAUCAGCCGCCUGUCAACUACAGCCAGUGCAAAAGAGAUUCUUCAAAAGUACAAGGACUACAAGACAGAAAUGAACUGCAAGCAACUAACCGUGGAUUUUGUGAACCAAUCGGUGCUCCAGAUCAGCAGUCUCGACAUCCAAAGUAAACGCUACGACAUGGCAGAGUUUGCAGAGUGCCUGGGAGCCUUGAAUCUCCAGUGGCAACUACUGCAAGGAGCACUCAGCAGCAAGAUGCGAGCUGUGGAACAUAUGCUCACGGUGUUCACAGAAAAGGAGAGAAAGAUGCAGCUCAUCAGCUGCUGGUGCAAAGCACAGGGAGAAAGGAUUCUGGGAUUUCAGACACCUGCAAGCCUCACCUCUGCUGAAAACGCACUGAAGGAUUGUCAGGAAAUUGAAGAAAAGCUGAAGAUAAAAUCAAAAGAAAUCCAAGAACUUAAGCAUUACUAUCUGUCUCCAGCUGACGACAGCAGUGAACAUCUGCACAUUGAUUUUAUUACACAAAUGGAUGAGGUCAAUGCUGACUGGGCACGUUUGAACAACCAGGAUAUUCAGGCAAAAGCAUCGCUCCAGUCGACUGUGCAGCAAUGGAAAGCAUUUGAUGAAACAUUCCAAGAGGUGGACUUGAAUAUAAUCAAGGCCAGGUACACACUGGAGCUCAGUCAUUUCCCUGUGCUGUCUUUCGAAGCUCUGAAAAGUCAGGUGGAAAAGUUGAAGUCUCUGCUGGAAGAUGCUGAGAAGAAUGAAGAGAGUUGGAAUGCACUCAGCAGUGUUUUCACCACCCUUAAAACCAUGUGCAGCCCCACAGCAGUUAAGCUGAUCACUGAAAACUUAGAAGAUGCACGUACAAGAUGGACUGCAGUAAAUCAAGAUUCCUCAGAUGAGCUCCGAAAGGCUCAGAGUUUAUAUCAGCUUUGGCAGAAGUACAGGAAUCUCUUCAUUGACAGCACCUUGCUGCUCAAGACACACGAAGAGGAGUGCAGUAAGCUUUUAAGUGCCGUCCCUUCAGAGGAAAGCACUGUGGAUUUCAUGCAGAGAAAAAUAGACACUAUUAAUAAACUCGUGAAUGAGACAGAAAACAUGCAAAGCAUCACAGCCCAGGUGUCGGAGGCUUCGAAAGAACUAAUCCAACAGGUGGAUCCCUCAGCAGCUAUAUUGAUUGAAUCUGAAGUAACAAACCUGUCCAACAGACUGGCGCAGUUGGGGAAGCUUCUGGCAAUUAAGCUGUCUGAGCGUCAGGAUGAACUCAAGCAACUUGAAGAGUUCAACAGAUGCUUGGCAUCACUGGAACAUCACUUGAAAGACUCUGAAGGAAUUGUGGCAAACACCAAGGACCCAAACAUCAGUGACCCAAGCACUAUGGACCAGUCCAGGACGCGUAUGCUAAAACUGUAUGCCAUUACCCCUGACCUGGAGUACUUGAAUGACCUCAGCUACAAGAUCCCUCUGAAUGAUUUGAACAUCAAGAGAGUGCAAACCUUGAACAGACAGUGGGCUCAGGCCUCAUCCCGGGCUCUGGAGAGAUGCAGUGAACUACAGGGAGUCCUCCUAGACAAGCAGAACUUUGUCCAGAAAUGUGAGAACUGGAUGAGGUUCUUGGAGAAGAUGGAAGACAGCUUGGCAGUGGAUAUUGCUGGUUGCUAUGUGGGCCUUAAAGAACAACAGAGAAUUCAUGAGUUGUUCCAAGCUGAAUUAUCAAUUGGUCAUCAAAUAUUGCAUUCAGUCAUCAAUGAGGGACGAAACCUGCUUGAACGAGGGGAGGUGGAAGACAGGAGUGAGUUUAUCUUGAAGUUAAGCUUGCUUAAAGAGCAGUGGCAGGGUGCAAUACGCAGAGCUCAGCAGAGGAAAGGUGUCAUUGAGGGGCUUGUGAGGCAGUGGCACCACUACCAGGACUCCUUGAAAAAGCUGAAGACAUUCCUGUCUGACACUGCAAACCACCUGGAUCUCAGUAACAGCCAGGCCCACCACGGGCUUCACCAGACAAGGAGGGAGGUUGAAGAUAUUAAGCACAAAGAGAUGCUUUUCCAACGUCACCGGUGCAGCUAUAUCCUGACCCUGGAGACAGGCAAGCAGAUCUUCUCCAUGGCAAACCCUGAGACCGAGACCCUGUUGCAGGAGGAACUGUGUGAGCUGCAGGAGAGCUGGGAACACACGGAAACCCUGCUGAAAGAGAAGAAGCAGCUAAUGAACACUUCUCUGGAGAGCUGGGAGAAUUGUGAAAACAAAAUAAAUGAAUUUGGACGCAGACUUCAAGACAUCAAAAUUAAAGUGUCUGACCCACUUCCACAAGUGCAUGAAGAGUUACAAGCAACAGAAAAACAAACUAAGGAGGCAGAGGAAUCAUUAGAAGACUGGACUCGAAGCCUCGCAGAGCUGUCCACCAUGAAGACAGACCUGUCCCACUAUAUUAUCACAGAUGAUGUGGUGAUUCUACAAGAACAGAUCCAACAUUUACACAGCCAAUGGGAUGAACUCUGUUUAAAAGUGUCUCUGAGGAAGCAGGAGAUAGCUGACAGGCUUAACGCAUGGAUCAUCUUCAAUGAAAAGAACAAAGAGCUUUGCGAAUGGCUGACAGAGAUGGAAAACAAAGUAUCACACAAUGCCGAGCUCAGCAUUGAAGAAAUGGUAGAGAAGUUGAAGAAGGACUGCAUGGAAGAAAUCAAUCUUUUCAGUGAAAACAAAACUCAUCUGAAGAUACUGGGCGAGCAGCUGCUCAAUGCCAGCAAUAAAACUAAGGAGACAGAAAUAAAUGACAAGUUGAAGGAUAUCAACGACCGCUGGCAGCAUCUGUUUGACCACAUCGAGGCAAGGGUGAAGAAACUGAAGGAGACCCAGGUGACCGUCCAGCAGCUGGAUAAGAACAUGAGUAACCUCCGAACAUGGCUGUCUCACAUUGAGGCUGAGCUCUCCAAGCCUGUGGUUUACAACAUCUGCGAUAACGACGAAAUCCAGAAGAAACUGUCCGAGCAGCAGGAUCUGCAACGUGAUAUUGAGCAGCACACAGACGGCGUGGUGUCUGUGAUUAACCUGUGUGAUGUCCUCUUGCACGACUCGGAUGCCUGUGCCACUGAAACCGAAUGUGACUCCAUCCAACAGACAACCGCGAGCCUGGACAGGCGGUGGAGGAAUAUCUGCGCCAUGUCAAUGGAGAGAAGAAUGAAGAUUGAAGAAACCUGCCGGCUUUGGUCCAAGUUUCUGGAUGAUUAUUCUCGUUUUGAAGACUGGCUGAAAACAGCUGAGAGAACUGCUGCCUGCCCCAACUCUGCCGAGGUUUUAUACACUAGUGCAAAAGAAGAGCUGAAGAAAUUUGAGGCGUUUCAGAGACAGGUUCACGAGAGGCUUACCCAGCUGGAGCUGGUGAACAAACAGUACCGACGACUGGCUCGGGAGAACCGCACCGACACGGCCAGCCGGCUAAAACUCAUGGUCCACGAGGGAAACCAAAGAUGGGACAAUCUCCAGAAAAGAGUCGCUGCCAUUCUGAGAAGACUGAAGUACUUUACCUCUCAGCGGGAGGAGUUUGAAGGAACGCGGGACGGCAUCCUUGUGUGGCUGACUGAGAUGGACCUGCAGCUGACCAACGUUGAGCACUUCUCAGAGAGCGACAUCGAGGACAAGAUGAGGCAGCUGGACGGAUUUCAGCAGGAGAUCACUCUGAACACCAAUAAGAUCGACCAGCUGAUUGUGUUCGGGGAGAACCUGAUACAGAAGAGCCAGCCGCUGGAUGCCGUGCUGAUCGAGGAUGAGCUCGAGGAACUUCACUCCUACUGCCAGGAAGUGUUUGGGAGAGUUGCUCGCUUCCACCACAGGCUCAUCAACAAGGGCCCUGUCUCUGAAGAUGAAAAGGAGUCCUCUGACAGGGACACAGACCUUGAAGACUCGGCAGAGCUGCAGGGUAUCGGCUGGCAGGAGAAGAUGGGGCAUGAGGUCUCUCCCUCUUGCCAGUCCAUGUGUCAGCUGAUGCCCCCAACGGCUGGACAGGAGCGGUCCGGCCGCGAGACCCCCAUCAGCGUGGACUCCAUCCCGCUGGAGUGGGACCACACCGUUGACGUGGGGGGCUCUUCAUCCCACGAAGACGAGGAAGAGCCAGUUUACUACAGCGCACUGUCAGACGUAGAAAUCGCUGAAAAUCCAGAGUCCUUUGUUAAAAUGACUUCCAAAACAUUGAAAGCAACUUCUGUAAAAAGCCCCUCUGAGCCUCCGAGCUGGCACUCGCCUGAUCACCAGGACAGCAGGAAGCAGAGAAUCCAGACCGAGAUCAUUCGGAACCUCUCCUCCACCUCCCCAACCACUAGCACCCCUUACAAACUGGGAUAUGUUAAGUUGAUGUCUGAGUGCAGUGGCAGCAUCGAUAGUGUAAAACGGGUCAAACUGAUACUGAACGAUGAGGAGCAACUGGAAGAGCAAGGGCUUGUGGGUCUGACCACUGCGGAGAAACAGUCGGGUGUUAUUGAGCGCUGGGAGCUGAUUCAAGCCCAGGGCCUCAGCAACAAACUGAGGAAGAAGCAGAAUCUACAGCAGUGGCAGCAGCUCAACUCUGACCUUCAUGACAUCACUUCCUGGAUGAAACAAAUUGAGCCUGAACUGGACGAGCUACAGAAACUACAGUCUUCAACAAGCAUUCAGGAUAUAGAAGGCAACAUAAAGAAACUCAAAGAAAUUCAGAAGGCUUUUGAUAACUACAAGUCUGUAGUCAUCUCCCUCAAUCUGAUCAGCAAAGACUUUCAGCAAGCAGACAGUGACGAAUCUCAGGAGCUGCAUGGCAGGCUGGGACUAAUGAACCAGAGCUGGGUGCAAGCCUGCAAUAAACUGGACUGCUGGAAAGAAGGAUUGCAGACUGCACUCAUGCAGUGUCAGGACUUCCAUGAAACCACGCAUGAUCUGCUGCUGUGGCUGGCACAUGCAGUGAGCAGAAGGUACACAGUUGAUCUCGCUGAUUCCAAUAUCAAGUCCUGCGUUCUUCAGGAACAUCAAAAAACACUAAUGCAGCUGGAGGGUGACUUGCUGGAAAAGCAGUUGCAGGUCAGCUCACUGCAGGAGAUCUCUACCCAUCUUCUGGUAAAAGCCGACGAGGAAGACCAUAUAGAAGCCAAAGAAAAAGUGCAUGUCAUUGAAAACAAGCUGAAGCUGCUUCUGCGGGAGGUUUCUCAGGAUAUGCAGACGAUUCAGAAGAAGCUGGAUACAUGCUCUUCCUUUUCAUCACUGGAUGAAGUAGACUGCAGCGAUAUUGCAAUGACCAACACUCCACUUUCCCAAAUCAAGGAGGCAAGUGAAGAAAAAAUAACAGCAACCAAGGCCUCCACGAAUACCAGGCCUGGGAGACGAGAGUCCUCCCCACCACGCUCCUUCUUUUACCGCGUGCUGCGGGCAGCCUUCCCCCUCCAGGUUCUCUUCCUCCUUCUCCUGGUACUUGCAUGUCUGGUGCCACUCACUGAGGAAGACUACAGCUGUUCCCUGUCAAACAACUUUGCAAGGUCCUUCUACCCCAUGCUGAGAUACACCAAUGGACCCCCUCCCACUUGAGGGGGAAAGCGUCUGGAAAAUGAUUUCACAAAGCACCUUGGAUUCCCGCACUGCUGAACACUGUAAACAGUGAUUACUGUACCAUAUGCCCUCAGUAUGGAAUCGGUCACUCCUUAAAGAGUACACCCGAGUCCUCCAGCUGCUGAAAAGUAGCCUCUCACACAUGUGCAUUGUGCUUAGGAAGACAGCCUAUAUUUAAAAAGAAUUGUACAUAACUGCAUAUUCAUGAUGCAAUGAAUGUCAGUGUUUUUAAGUUUAUUUUAAAGUAUUACGAGAAAUUGUCUCAUUGUUUAAUAUUUGGGAGUGAUGCUUGAUUUAAGAUGUCCUCCAAAGGCUGUAUGGAUAUUUACAAAAAAUACAUAUAUUUUUCAGAAAUGUAAAUAAAAAAAAAAGAAUAUCCAAAGUAUUUUUCAAAGCUCACAGAAGCCCCUAUUUACUGUAUAUCAACAUGGACAUGCACUAUAUUUAAAUCUACAAUGAAAUGUGGAAAGCAGAGAAAUUAAGAAAUUACAUUUUUUAUAAACACUAGGGGGUAGGGGGGCAUCUUUUCAGAAAAGGCAUUAUUAAUGAAAGUAGCUGGUAUGUGUCCAGGGCAGUUUUAAUUUAUUUUUACCCUUGUAUCAAUGUCUGACACUUUUCAACACCCACCUUUAGCAGUUUCUGGUGUGUAUUAAAGAAACGAUGUAUCUACCACCAUUGGUUUAAUUGUUUUUAACUUGAUGGAACCAAGAACACAUAAUGGAACAUGUGCAUUUCUAUCACGGUUCGCUGAAGAGUCUCUAGUUGUAGUUUCUACAAGUAUUUGUAUCCAGUCUAUUUUUGCAUGAGGUGUCAUACACUGUACCCAUUUCUGCCAUUCACUGGGUUUUAGUUUAAAGAUAACAUGUACAAAAAUGUAAUAAUAAUAAUGUUUGCUAGAUGCUGAAUGUUGUACAGUGUUUUGGAAAUUGUGUUAUCAUGUGUGACAACUACUGUAAUGGGGUGGGGGGUCAGGGACAUAUAGAAAGCAAUGGUGUGGACAGUAUUUGAUUUAUAUUUUAAAGAAACUAUUUAUGGGAUGUACAGUGUAAACCUCUUUACUGUCAAUAAACCAACUUUUGGCCAUGUUCAUCAAACAAACAGGAA